AUGGACUCUGUAGUGGCAGUUUUGGCUGCCUUCUCACCAACUGAGGCUGCGACAGAAUCUGUCAGAAAGUACGACUCGGUCAUAAAGGAUUACAUCGGGGCUGUCAAGUCACUAUUAGCGAACCAGCGCCAGCCCAUCAAUGAGAAUACAAGUCAAAUUCUACAGGGCAUCGAUCCGUCAAUCGACUCCAUCGCAUUUCUAGCUAUCCUCCAUUCCGCACUCUCAAGCCCAACUCCCCCACCAGGCAUCGACCAACGCACGCUUCUUGACGAGACCUUGCGAUUCCUUCUCAAUUUCAACCCUCUUCAGGUUCGAUAUGUUGGAGUAGUAUUCCGAAAGCUUCUCGAACAUGUCGCCGAAGGAAAGCUAUUUACACCGGCAGUUUCUAUUGAGGCCGUAGCUAGUGCAUUAUUGCGACUCGAUCCCACUGGAAGUAUGUUCACAUCUACUCACUUGGCGUUGGUGAAGGCCGCCUACCAGACCGCCUGGAUCGAGCCUGCGUUAAAGGUUCUGGAUUGCGGCGCCACCUUCUUCCCUGGCAUUGCCGGCCAAAAAGACUCGAAGCUGCUUUGCGAUAGCAGCCUGCAUCCUGCCGCCUUCAUCUCGGUCGAAACGGGUCUCACCGAGUCAGUGAAAAACUCUCAUGUCUUGGAGUACUACCAUCUAAGUGCGCUUUGCUACAUGUCGCAACGAGAUUGGACGAAAGCCCAUCGAGCCCUCGAGAACGUGAUCACGUACCCUUCCAAGGAUAAGGGGGUUGCUAAGAUCAUGGAUGAAGCGUACAAGCGAUGGUUACUAGUCGGUCUACUCAAGGAUGGAAAGGAGCCAAACUUGCCAUCAUAUACUUCCGCCCAGGCUAAGAAUACCUACUCCACGCUGGGAACACCAUACAAGAACAUUGCCACGCAGUUUGCGACUACAAACGCAGGCCAGCUCAAGGCUGAUGCUGAUGCGAAUAGUCAUGUUUGGGAGGAGGACGGCACCUCGUCUCUGAUUGCAGAGGUCAUUGCAACGUACCAAAAGUGGCAAAUCAUCAACCUUCGGGACAUUUACAAGCGAGUAUCCAUCUCACAAUUGCGCCAGUCCACCCUCUCUGCAGAGACAGGCGAGGUUCUCCCAACAGAUGACACAGCGAUACACAUAGUACGAGGAAUGAUUGAUUCUGGCUUGUUAAAGGGCGACCUAGAGUCGUCUGACGACGGGAACGAGCUCUUUCUACAUUUCCACGACGAUAGCGAGACGAUGACAGAGGCGGAGUUUGCUCAGGAGAUUGCCCAGCGUUACCACAACAUUGAGAGCCUAGGAAAACAAUAUCAGGCAGCCAAUGAACGACUAACCAGCAGCAAGGAAUACGUUAAGCACGUUGUCAAGGAGCAGAAGCGGGCCGACAAGGACCCUGGUGACCCUGGAGUUGGCUUCGAUUCCCAGAUAGAAGAAGAAGACCUCAUGACAGGCAUCAUGGCACAUGGCUAG